AUCAGCUUCUGUCUUUGCUCUGCGUCAACACCUCCUAUUACUACCAAGAUAGCGAGAGAAGUGGAAGCAUUGCAAUCCCAACAUCCUCCCUGAUCUACACACAGUCAGUAGAGAUGGAACCGACAAGCAUGAAAGAGGACCUGAAGCUCUAUCAGAGCACCCUGCUCCAGGACGGUCUGAAAGACCUUCUGAACGAGAACAAGUUUGUUGACUGCAUUCUAAAAGUAGGGGACAGAAGUUUGCCAUGUCACAAACUCAUCAUGGCAGCAUGUAGCCCUUACUUUAGAGAUAUUUACUUCUCUGAAGACGGCAAAGAGAAGAGCAGCACAGGCAAGGAGGUAGUUCUGGAAAAUGUGGAUCCAUCAAUAAUGGACAUGAUCGUGAAUUAUCUCUAUUCUGCAGAAAUAGAUAUUACAGAUGAGAACGUGCAAGAUGUUCUCACAGUAGCCAACCGUUUUCAGAUUCCGUCCGUGUUCACGGUGUGUGUAAACUUCUUGCAGAAGCAACUCUCUCUAGGAAACUGUCUGGCAAUCUUCCGACUGGGGCUCUUGUUAAAUUGUCCAAGGCUGGCCAUGGCAGCAAGAGACUACAUCGCUGAACGAUUCGAGAUUCUUUACAAGGAGCAAGAUUUUCUGGAGUUCAACCCUCCUGAACUGUUUGCCAUCAUAGGAAGUGAUUCCCUCCAUGUGGAGAAAGAGGAGUUGGUGUUUGAGCUGCUAAUGAAGUGGAUCAGGAAGGACAAAGAGAACCGUGCAAAGCAUUUAGGUGAUGCCUUUGAGCAUAUUCGUUUCCGACUGCUCCCGGAAAAAUAUUUCAAGGAAAAGGUAGAAAAAGAUGAUAUUAUCAAAGCUGAUCCUGAGCUUGUGAAGAAGCUUAAGGUCAUCAAAGAUGCCUUUGCUGGAAAACUUCCAGGAAAGGUAGAAGGAAAAGAGGACGGAGAGAGCACAAUGCCUGGAUAUCUGAACGACACCCGAAGGCUUGGCAUGUACACCAAGGACCUUAUUGUUAUGAUUAAUGACACAGCGGCCGUGGCUUAUGAUCCUAUUGAGAAUGAAUGCUCACUGGCUGCAAUGGCUGAGCAGAUACCUCGAAAUCAUGGCAGCAUUGUAACAAAGAGGAAUCAACUUUUUGUUGUAGGUGGAUUGUUUGUGGAUGAGGAAAAUAAAGACUCACCGUUACAGUGCUACUGUUUUCAGCUGGAUCCCAUUAGUGCAGACUGGAUUGCUAUACCUCCAUUACCUUCUCCCCGAUGUCUCUUUGCUCUUGGAGAAUUCGAGAAUCUCAUAUUUGCUGUUGCUGGCAAAGAUUUACAGACCAAUGAGUCUCUUGACUCAGUAAUGUGUUAUGACACUGACAAGAUGAAAUGGAGCGAAACAAAAAAGCUUCCCCUGAAGCUACAUGGGCACUGUGUGAUCUCAGAAAAUGGCCUGGUGUACUGUAUAGGAGGAAAGACAGAUGACAACAAAACCAUCAGCAAAAUGUUUGCCUAUAAUCAUAAGAAGUCUGAAUGGAAGGAGCUAGCUGCAAUGAAAACACCACGGUCCAUGUUUGGGGCAGUUGUCCAUAAAGGAAAAAUCAUUGUGGUUGGAGGAGUCAAUGAGAACAAUCUCUUAGCAUCGUGUGAAGCCUAUGACUUGGGAACCAACAAGUGGGAAUCCUUCCCUGAGUUUGCACAGGAGAGGAGCUCAGUAAAUGUUGUGAGUAUUGACGGCGAGCUUUUUGCAGUCGGGGGCUUUACCAUGGUAGAGCAAGAUAAAGAAUGUGUUCCCUCAGAGAUCACAGAUAUUUGGCAGUAUGAAGAGGACAAGAAGCAGUGGUCUGGAAUUUUGAGAGAGAUGCGUUACGCAGCUGGUGCUUCCUGCGUUUCCAUGCGAUUAAAUGCUGUGAAAAUGCCCAAACUGUAAAAUUGGCCCUUUCUCUGUCAAGGGACGGUUUAUGUCUAACUUGAUGAUUCCAGAUAUAAUUUAGUAGUGCAUUAAACAACAGUUUGAGAAUUUUGGAGUUUCACAAUGCUGUUAAAUAUAUUCUUAUACACAAAUGAUGUUUUUGUUUUUCAUGUAUUUGUUCAAGAUUGCAAAAUGAAAUUUUACAUUCGAUAAAUUACAGCAAAAAUAUUUAUACUGCAAAAUAUACAGAUAUAAAAAAAAACACAUGCGGCCUAAUGGCAGUGUGAUAUUUCUCUGUAUUCUUGUAGUUAUUAUAAAGAGGAAAAAAAGAGAGGCACUUGCACAUGAUAUGCAGUCCAUCGGUAGUCACACACUUCCAGAUAAACAUACCAGCAUGGAUAUCCAGAGAAGAGUGUAAUAUUUGUAUCAUCGUAAAGUGUUCAGUCAGUUUAAGUAACUGAGUGCAGCUCAGUGAAUAACUUCUUUCUCAAAUAUUCCUUCCAGGCAUCAGGCGUUGAGAGCUCCAUAGAAUUCCAUUCAAAGUGAGGAAUCUGUGAACGAGAGCGGUCCAUGAGUCUAUCGAUUUUUGUAACUAGAUAUAGUAAAGGAACAUCUCCCUUUUUUCUCACCUGCAGAACAUGAUAUCCUAAAAUCUCCAGAUGUCUCUUUCUCAUCAGGACAUCUCCUUUAAUGUGUUGUGAGUUUUUGCAGAAGGACUUAGAAUUCAGGAAGUCUACAGCAAUGCUAAGAAACAAAAUUCUGUAGGUCAGUGCUGUUGAAUUCUCAAAUCUGAUUGGCCAGAAAGGGGAUCACUAGGGCUGGCUGUCUACAAUAAUAUUAAAAAUUAAAAUAUUUAAAAAAUUAUAAUAUUAAAAACUUU